CACACUAAGCGAAAAGAGCGAGACGAAGCGAGAAGAGAGAGACGAAGCGAGGGAGCUUCUCCCCGGUAGCCAUGGAGUUCGGGCAAACCCUAACCCUAGCUCCAUGCCUUCCCCUCUCUACCCAGUGAGCUAACGUCACGUCUCCCCCGCGUCCCGGCCGUCGGAGUAGAGGUAGAAGGAGGCUGACGUGGGGCGCCGAGAUGGAAAACCACAAGAAGUCGCUGCUGAGGGUCCGGCUCCGGGUGACGGCGAGGAAGCGCGGCACGGAGUCGAGCUCAAGCCUGGGAUCCGCCCGGAAGCUCCGGGAGCGGGACUAUGCCAACUCCGUGAGGAAGCUCCACCACCGCGAGAUCGGUGGGUUACCCCGGAUGGCCCGGGGCACCGCCACCAACUCGCCAGAGAAGUUCCGCAACAUGCAGCUUCAGGAGGAGUUUGAUACCUAUGAUCACAAUAUCCAUUUUUUUCUAAGACUGCAAUUUCUAAAGAAGAGGUCCAAAAUCAUUGAGAUUGUUGCAGCAAAAGAUGUCAUAUUUGCUCUUGCACAAUCGGGCCUCUGUGCUGCUUUUAGUCGGACGACAAACAAACGCAUAUGUUUCUUGAACAUAAGCCCUGAUGAAGUGAUUAGAAGCUUGUUUUAUAAUAAGAAUAAUGAGUCACUUAUCACAGUGUCGGUUUACGCAUCGGACCAUUUCAGUUCCUUGAAGUGCAGGACAACUCCAAUAGAGUAUAUUAGGAGGAAUCAAUUGGAUGCUGGCUAUCCUCUUUUUGAGACUGAGUCACUAAAAUGGCCUGGUUUUGUUGAAUUUGAUGAUGUAAAUGGCAAAGUACUAACUUAUUCAGCUCAGGAUGGCACUUACAAGGUGUUUGACCUGAAGAAUUACUCCUAUUUGUACUCAAUAUGUGAUAAGAAUAUACAGGAGAUCAAAAUAAGUCCGGGAAUCAUGCUGCUAAUAUACCAGAGGACUCCUGGUUAUGUACCACUGACAAUCCUGUCAAUUGAAGAUGGAACAGUGUUGAAAUCUUUCACUCAUCUGUUACACCGCAACAAGAAGGUUGAUUUCAUCGAGCAGUUCAAUGAGAAGCUUUUGGUCAAGCAAGAGAAUGAGAACCUGCAGAUUCUUGAUGUGCGGAAUUCAGAGCUGAUUGAAGUGAGCCGAUCUGAGUUCAUGACUCCCUCAGCAUUCAUCUUCCUCUAUGAGAACCACCUCUUCUUAACGUUCCGGAACAGGACAGUUUCGGUGUGGAAUUUCCGUGGAGAGCUCGUUACUUCCUUUGAAGACCACCUGCUGUGGCAUCCGGACUGUAAUACAAACAACAUUUAUAUCACCAGUGACCAGGACCUGAUCAUCUCCUACUGCAAGGCUGAAGAUGGAAGUGAAGAUGAGGGAGAAGCUCCUCCAGUUGGGUCUAUCAACAUGAGCAACAUCCUUAGCGGAAAGUGCAUUGCCAAAAUAUGCCCGCUUGACCCUGCACUCCAGAUUGCCCCUCGCAAGCGAGGUGCCCCUAAUCGAUCCACCAUCAGGAGCACCAUCAGGGAAGCUUUGGAGGAUGUGACUGCCCUCUUCUAUGAUGAGGACAGGAAUGAGAUCUACACCGGCAACAAGCAAGGUCUCAUUCAUGUCUGGUCCAAUUAGUAGUUAUAUGAACUCUGAUUGUACAUCCAUCGAUACAUCAACUGCAUCUCCCUACCAUGCCAUACUCUGAGAUCUUGUGUAUCACUUGGGGUCUUCUUUCAUCCCCACCAACCGACUAGUUCUGUGGUCUGUAGAUUCAAUAAUGUUAUAUGUAUGAUAAUUAAGCUAAACAACCUUUUCAUUUAGAUUUUAGUUUACAAAUUCUGUUCCUUUCUUUA